UUGACAUAAUACUGACGCAACUACACGAGAAGCUCGUGCUGGCUUGGAUACUGUAGCAGCUUACCAAAAAACAAUCAAUUAGGGCUAUACCCGUCUGACAGCUUCAUCACCAUGUCACCUUGCUGCUGUAAAGUGAAAGGCCACCACCUGGUUGUCCUAGUGGCUGCUUCGUCUGUGCGUCUUCUCUUCAGUGGCUUGUGGUUCACUCCCGGCAUCCUGUACGUCGCCUUCAGGGACGCCUUCCAGCAAAGUGCGGCCGUGACGUCAUGGAUCACGUCACUUCAGUACUUCACGAGCUGCAUAACAGGUGCCGUUGGAGGUUUGGUGAUGCAUCGUUUCGGCAGUCGGCUGGUCACCGUGACAGGAGGGAUCAUCCUGUCUGGUGGACUGCUGGCCAGUAUGUGGACCACUCACAUCGCUCACUUGUUCGUCACAUAUGGAAUGCUCGCGGGGUUUGGAGCAGGUCUGUCUUAUAUCGGGUGCUUGGAAGCUGUGAAAGAAACAUUCACCACUAAUAUUAACUUGGUGUUCGGGGUGAGUGCAUUUAUUGCCAACUUAGGGAUCAUGAUCUACCCACCUGUGCUGCAGCUCCUCAUUGAUAUCUUCUCCUGGAGAGGAAUGUUCCUCAUUCUGGCAGGAGUGGAACUCAACAUCAUUGUUGUUUCGGCAGUUUUUCCAGGACCCAAAAUACGUCCGCAAAUGGAGACACCCAUAGCACAGGAGACAGACGAAUCGUGUGGCCAUGGAGAUACUGGUUCAGAGAUAAAUGAUGGGACGACUGAUUCAUUAUUACAUGGUGUCUCACCAAAAACAGAAAAGACAGUUGCACUGAAAGAUAUAAGUUUGCAACCAACCUUUCUCGAAAAUCAUUACUUUUUAAAGAGUCGACAUUAUUACCUAUACGUACUGAGUGGUACCUUGUUUCUCUUUGGGGCUGGCAUUAUACUGGGACAUUUGUCAGCCUAUGCCAUGGAGAAUAACAUUACAGAUAGCUAUGGAGCUGCAAUGCUGUAUACCGUCAACGCAUUAUCAAUGGCAUGUGGUAAAUUGCUCCACGGAGUUGUGAUAACGAAAAUAAGAAUUAACCCUAUCAAACUCCAUAUAUUUGUGUGUGGAAUAGGUGGUUUGGCAACGUUUCUACUCCUGUUCAAUGUUCCACUUCCUGUUCUAUACGCCUAUAUGGUAGUGUUUGGAGCGAGUAAUGCUAGCAUAGGUGGCGCACUCAUGCCAUCCAUACUGCUGGAGAUGGCAGGCUCCGACAGCUUCUCCUUCUCUGUUGGCCUUUACGCAGUCAUCACAGCCAUGGGAUCUCUCAUAGGAGCACCAACGGCAGGUUGGAUAUAUGAUGCCACCAGUUCUUAUACAACCCCGUUCCUGCUUGCAGCAAUUUCAAUGAUAUCAUCAGCAUUCGUCAUGGUGACAUCGUGUCGUCAGUUGAAGCCAAACCAGGCAAACACUACAGAGGAUGUUUAGCAUAUAUUAUUUCACAAAAGUUAUUAUAUUUCCCUCAAUAGAUACACUAUUGCUGCCAUCAUAUAUUACUGAGUCAUGUUAUAUAACAAACACGAAUGAUAACCUAUUAGUAUCUAACCUUGCGUUACAUUUUGAGAAACGUCUGAGUGACAAUAUCUGGAUAAUGAUCAGGAUCAACAGAAACAACACAGUGUCAGCAAAAUGAUGGAUGUCAAUGACCACUGACAAGACUAAAUACCUGUUACAGUAUUAGUCAGGUUGAAGGUUCGCGUGUCAAACUGAAGGCUGUAACGUGAGUAACCGAAAUCUUUAGAACACGUGAUCCAGCUUUGCCAAAUGAUGAUCGUCUCGCAAAGUUGGAGAUAACUUUACACCCUAUCGUUUCUGACGCCAUGGCGUCUACACCCAAAAGUGUGUUCUGUCCUCGGAACAUUUGUGUUUUGUGUGUUUUCUGUGUUCAGACUGAAAUGUUUGCAUCAGAGACAAAGAGUUUGACUGACAACGGAAAAUCAAAACCGAUUUCAUGUAAUCAGAGAAGUUCGCUGUAUUUUACCAUUUUCAUAAAAGACCAUUCCACAUGUAUAAAGGUAUGUUUUACGCUAGGUAGAAACUCCAAACAUGCCACUACUGUAAGUGUGACUCUAGGAGUGAAUGAUGUUCCUGUGAAAAACGAGUGUCAGAAGGAAAAACUUAUUAACGUCAAAGACAAUCAUCCUCGAUAUCCCAGUGUAGUUCUUCAUUCUAUUAGUAUAAAUACCCUGGACCCAUAUAGUUUUACUACAUGAGGGAGAGAUAUCCUUUACGAAGUUCGUGAUAAGAGACAUGGAAUUGGCGAUUCAGUCGAGGGUAUUUAUCAUAAAAGAAUAGAGAUAUAAUUCUCUGGAUAAUCGAGGAUAACUUCUGGCGUGACUUCACUCUCCCGAGAACUUGACUGAGCUCAUUUGAAGCUAUGAUACUAGUUUUGUCAAAUUAUUGCUGUUGUAGUCCACCAGUGAUGAUUUUCGUCUGGGUGUUGUUAAGUUGUUUCAACUCAACAUGCUCACCCCUUUCUACGGUUAAAUGGUAGAGAAAACAAUCAUCCGUUCUAUCCAGGAUUUUUGCUGGGCAAACUAUUAUUGAAAAAAGAAAUUUGACCUCGUCUUUUCAAUAAAAGAUUAUCAAAACGCAUUCGCUGGGCAUGCCGGAUGUCCUGAAAGUAAAUGAAAUUGUUGGGCAAGAAUAUUUUAUACGGCCAUUCCCUUACUCCGAUAUUGAUAUACUAACCAGAUAAUUAACCAAUUGUUAGCAUGAGUGGAACGCUUACACAUUUGAAAUCGACAGUAGAUCAAAAUAACGCGAAGGUCAACAAACAACUUGAAUCUAUGCAGAAAGAAAACGUUGAGUUGAAACAGAUGAUGUUAAAACAGUCCCCUACUAUAUCAAGUUUGGAGGAGAGGCUAGAUCAAAGUGAAAAUUACUCCAGAAGAAAAAACCUGCUUGUGUUUGGUCUAGAAAUGAAUGAACAUGAACGCAAAACUGAUACAGUAGAGAAAGUGAGAUCCUUCCAGUCAGACAGUUUGGAUAUGAAAGAUUCAAAUAUUCAUUUUGAUACAGGGAAUAGACUUGUGAAGACACGCACUGGUUCAUCGCCCCCACCGAUAAUGAUGAAGUUUGUCUCCAGGAACGAUAAGGAUCUAGUUCUGAAGAAUGGAAGGGACAAGCUUCAGGGUUCCAAUCUCCGGGUGUCAGAAGAUGUCUCACCAAGAACAAGAUUACGAAGAAAACAACUUGUGCCUUACCUGAAACAAGCAAGGGAAGAAGGGAAAACGGAUUUUUUGAAAGGUGAACAUUUGUUUAUUGACAAUAUUAAAUUCUUUUUCGACGGAGAAACAAGAAACCUGAUGAAAGUGUCGCGUACUUAUGACUAUGGACUGAACAAUCAAAAUCGUAACAAACAGACCCAACCUGACAUGCGCACGGGCUGCCUGUACCAACUGGGCCGUGACCUACAUUCUGAUAGUGGAAAUCCUCGGGGGAGCACGUGCAACUCGCCUACGCAGCUGUUGACAAACCUGUGUUGGAAUGUGAACUGUUCAUAUAAUAAGUUACCUAAUUUGGACUUUUGUGACUUUUUGAAGAAAUAUAAUAUUGUAUGCUUAACGGAAACUCAAAAUCAGUUGAUGAUUUUAAACAUGUAUUUAAUAACCUUUCCUCAUUUCAGUCUAUUCGUCCCAGAGAAAAAUCUGUCAUAGCGGCGGUGAUCUUAUAUAUAUUGAUAAUAAUUUGGUACCUCUUUUACUGCGAUGACGAAUGGAGAGAUGUAGUAUAUCUCAUUAGUAAAUCUGUUAUUACAACUGGUAAAAGGUUAAUAUUAGGUUGAGUUUAUGUAAAACCAGAAAAGACACAGUUCAAUGAAAGUAUUGAAGUUAUUGAAAAUUAUAUUACAACUUUGAAAGAGGAAUUCCCUGAUACUGACUUCAUUGUUUGUGGCGAUUUUAACGGUCGCACGGGUGUUGAACCUGAUUAUAUCUACCUUGACGCUGCUGAUUCCUCCCCUUAGAAAAUACUGAGUAUGAUAAAGUUGCAGCUCCACAUUUGUAUCCGAAUCGUAAAAACAAAAGACACAGUGGUUAACAAUUAUGGUAGAGAACUUCUUGAUCUGUGUAAAACAUUCGGGUGUUAUCUGCUGAAUGGAAGAUUUUCUGAUGAUGGCGAUUUCACUUAUGUGGGCCCAGUGGGUUACAAUACCCCAGACCAUGUCAUAGUAUCCUCACCCAUUUACAGUUUUAUAGAGGAUUUCCGCGUUAUUACUCGUACAGAAUCUGACCAUCUACCACUUUGUGCAGUCUUUAGACAAUUAUUUGAAUGUGAUAAGCCAGACAUAGACGAUUUGUCUACAGGAACAGAUAGAUUUAGAUACAAAUUGACUUACAGUAAAGCCAGUAUAUAUAUCGAGAAGUUAAGAGACCAUUCCACACAGCAACUGUUUACUCGUUUUACACACGAAGUGGAUGCUGAUGUUGACAGGGCAGUUGAUACUUUACAACAUAUCCAAUAUUCAUUUGGUGAAUGUAUAAAGUUGAAUUAUAGUGAUAUUGAUGAAGAAAAAUAAGUACAAACGUUUAUAUAUUUAGAAAAUAUUCGUACUUAGAAAAUUUAGGAUGUUAUAACAAAGCCAAGAUUGAAUUCCGUAAACUUUGUAAACCAAAACAAUUACAAUAUAAGAGGGUAGUCAUCGAUGAACUCCAUUAGGCAGCAAGUAACAGUGACUGUACAGCGUUUUGGCGUCUUGUUAAGGAAUGUUUAUCUUGUCGGUCGCAGGAACCUUUUAUAAGCCCUUCGUCUUUGUCAGACUAUUUUCAGGAAUUAUCAAAUCCUGUAGUAACAGAAGAUGAGGAAUUCUCCAGUAAUAUUCAUGACUUCCUUGCUCAUCAUGAAAACUCUGUCUGUGACGAUUGCCUUUGUCAAGACGAAAUUUUAUCAAGCGACUUUACAGAACAAAAUGUUAUAAAUACUAUAAGAAAGCUUAAGAACAAUAAAUCCCCUGGGGAUGAUGUGAUACCUUCGGAAUUCUAUAAAGCUGCUGAGGAAUUCCUGUUACCAUAUCUUCUUAAACUGUUCAACAAAGUACUACAGUCUGGUCACUACCCAGAAUCGUGUAGCAACGCAAUAAUAUUACCAUUACAUAAGAAGGUUCUGGAAACGAUCCUUUCGAGGUAUUUCCCUGCUCGAUGUCUUGAGCAAAAUGUUUGCAUUUAUUUUAAACAAACGUUUACAAUUUUUUCUUGGAUGUACAUGGAAUGAUUGGUGAUAUCAAGGAGGAUUUAAGAAAGACCAGUCGACUAUCGAUAGCAUUUUUAUCCUUAACUCUAUUGUGCAAAAGUAUAUUUCACGUAAAAAUGUAUAUUGUGCCUUCAUUGACUUUCGUAAGGCCUUUGAUAUGGUAAACAGAUCAAAGCUUUUGUAUGUUAUGCUUCAAAAUGGUAUUCAUGGUAAAGUUUUCACAGUCAUCAAAAGUAUGUUUGAAAAUGUAAAAACUACUGUAACAUAUGACUACGGUAAGAGAUUAACAGAGUAUUUUGUGAGUGCUUGUGGUGUAAAACAAGGUUGUACCUUAAGCCCCAUGUUAUUUUCUGAAUAAUAUUUUCUGUUAAUGAACUUGUAGCAUAUUUAGAUGGUAAAUGUGAUGAUGGUAUAUUUAUAUCUGAACACAUGCUUAAUAUAAUUGCACUUCUAUUUGCUGAUGACUUGGUUCUGGUGGCUGAUAGUGUUAUUAAACUCCAGAGGCGUCUUGAUGCUUUAUAUUUUAACUCCCCAAAAAUGGGGAAUGGAAAUUAAUACUGACAAGAGUAAAAUUGUUGUCUUUAAAAUGGGUGGCCAUUUAUCAAAAUAUGAAAAGUGGUAUUUUGAUGGUAAACAAAUGGAUACUGUAAGUAUGUAUAAAUAUUUAGUCUUAAUUAUAACGCUAAAACUCAUUUGGACCAGAGCAUGUAAAACUCUUUCUCAACUGGCUUCCAAAGCACUGUGGCCAGUUAAAUCCCUGAUCAGGAGACUUGAAUUUACUCUUAAAGAUACGUUUUACCUAUUUGAUAAGAAAAUUGUACCCAUUGUGUUAGAUGGUUGCGAAAUCUGGGGCUAUCAAAGAAGGGAAACCAUAGAAAUUGCCCACCGAAAGUUUUGUAAUUUUUUGUUACAAAUUGGAUACAGAUCAUUUAACGCUGCUGUCUGGGUGAAUGCGGCAGAGUUCCUUUGUACACUACCUAUUUUGUAAGAUGUGUUAAAUAUUGGUUAAGAUUGCUUCAUAUGAAUUUUAACAGAUAUCCAUAUAAUUGCUAUCUCUUUUUAUGAGCUACUGUUGAUAGGAAAACCCCAACGGGGCCACACAUGUAAGACAUUUAUUAUUUUCCUACGGGUUUGGUAUUGCUUGGAUUUCACAGGAUGUUGGUGAUCCAAAGCUAUUUAUUACUCAGUUUAAAGAAAGAGUGUACAACUGUUCUUUGCAAGAAUGGCAUGCCUCCUUAGACUCAAAUGUAUUAACCUUUUAUAAGACCCAGAAAUCAUUGUUAGAUUGUGAAAAAUAUUUAUCUCUUCAAAUGCCCUGGGAAUACAAACAUCUAUUAAUAAAGUUUAGAAUUGGCUGCAAUUAUUUGGGUUUGCAGCAUCUACGUAGGGGUGUAUCAACAUUGACCGAUGAUAAUGUUCUGUAAGAACAUUGCAACGCAUUUGAAGAUGAAAUUCAUGUUGUAUAUGCCUGUAAACAUUAUGAAGACUGUUAUUACCUAAAUUGUCAAAUAAGCAGUAGUAUUCA